AUGGAAUAUUUGAUCAGACUAUCGCAAACUCAUGAAACAUUUCGAAUCGCUGAGAUUGAGGCGCUAGCUAUUCUUGAAAAUAUCGAUAUCGAGGUGCUCUCUUACAGCCCAGAAUCCCCAUUCUGCAUAGUGAAACUAUCUUCUGAGGAAGCAGCAGUGAGACUUGUUCAGCGAAGUGUGUUGGCGAAAGCUGUUUAUGAAAUUUGGGGCCAGGGGAAAACCUACGAGGCUGUACAUGAAACCACCAAAAAGCUUUCGCAUCAUUUAUGGCCGAAGUUUCAGUACUCUUCCUUCAAAUUCUCUUUCGAUGCCUUUCAAACAACACGAACCUUAAAUGAGCAGCGACAGAUCAUCAAUAGUUUCAGCUUUCUAAACUUUAAAGGCCCCAUUAAAAUGAAAGGAGCAGACCAGGAGUUUUGUAUACUCGAACAGUGGAAUCUGCAUCCAGAAAAUCCAAAUUCUAAAGAGCCUGAGAUGAUUUAUUUAGGCAGGCAUCUUGGAAAUGGUGAUCGUGACUCCCUUCAGAAGUAUGACCUCAAAAAGCGAAAUUAUAUCUGCACAACAUCAAUGGAUGCUGAACUUGCUCUAAUAACGGCUAAUCUUACUUUGGCUGGACCUGGAAAAAUCUUCUAUGAUCCCUUUGUCGGUUCGGGAAGUUUUCCUAUCGCCUGUGCUCAUUAUGGCGCCUUUGCGUUUGGCAGUGAUAUUGAUGGACGUAGUAUCCGAGGAAAGUAUGAUAAAUCUCUUCGAUCAAAUUUCAUUCAAUAUAGUUUAGAAAACUACUUUGGAGACACCUUUGUUGCUGAUCUUACCAAUAAUCCUCUAAGAAAAGCUAGAUUAUUUGAUGGUAUAGUCUGUGACCCUCCCUACGGAGUGCGUGAAGGUUUAAAAGUCCUUGGAAGCCGAGAUCCCAACAAAGGAAAGGAGCCUGUAAUUCGGAAUGGCCAAGCCCAUCACACCAUGGAGAGUUACAUUCCUCCGAAGAGACCGUACGGUUUCUUGGAUAUACUAGACGACCUUCUAGAGUUUGCGGCUAUCUUUCUUGUUGAGAACGGACGACUUUCUUUCUGGAUGCCGAUGGCAAAUGAUGAGAACCAAGAGGUCAAAAUCCCUCAUCAUCCCCAUCUUCAGAUUGUCAGCAUCUGCACUCAAAGCUUUUCCAAGUGGUCUAGACGACUCAUAACGUACCGUAGAAUUGAAAUCUCAGAGUCGACCGAUACUGUCCUUGAGCGCAAGCAAAGAGAAAAGGGAAAAAAUGCGGACGACCUGAACCAUUUUAGAAAAGAAUACUUUCAAGGCUUCAGGGUAAUAGGUACAUGA